AUGGCGUUAAGUUUACUUCGAGCCUCUCGGGGGCUGCAGCGUUUUGCCACCAGGCCCCAGCUAGUGACUUUACAACACCAGCCACCUUUAGCUAUCCUGUCACGCCAUUCAGCACAUAACCUUACGGAAAAAAGUGAUCCAUCGGCGGUCUAUGAUCCCAGUGGUGAAAUGGACCAUGACAUUGUGAGCAAGUGGAAAAUUGAGCGCCUGUUUGCAGGCUCCAUGAUAGCAGUACUGCCGGCAGCCUUUGUCAUAGAGCACCCCAUCAUGAAUUACUUAGUGGCAACAGCUUUUAUUGUCCAUGGUCAUUGGGGUCUAGAGGGUGUAUUUACAGACUACAUCCAUGGUUACCCCUCAGAGACAGGAAGGAGGCGCUAUCCUUGGGUGAAGUCGGCAAGGAUGGUGGUGUUGUACAUUUUGACUACGACUUCACUGGCAGGUAACACAGCUCAACUUGUUGUUUAA